AUGUCAACGACAGAGGAUUUGAACAUACUCGGUUUGAAGGCGCUUCGUGUAAUUGCAGUUGUUAUUCCGCUCUCUCUCGUCAUAUUCACCCACGGACGCGAACUGACACCUCUCUAUGGCUCUGGCCCAACUUCUUAUCUCCUCGACAAGAUAGCGUUCGGAGCAGUACUAGCAUCCGCAAUCCAUCCCAUUCGUGUAUCAUUGAAACGCAAUCUCCUUUACACGGCGCUAACUCUCACUCUCGCCCCUAAUGCAACCUACUGGGUGGCCGUGUGGACGUCUAGAAAUAAGGAUCCAGUGCUGGGCCCAGCAAUAACCCAUGCAACCGUUUUAGGGCCCCUAGCAUUCCUGUUGACUACAUUUAUAGUUGAGAUGGACCAGGACACUGAAGUCAAGAGUACCUCAGUCUCACAAAGACCAGAGCUCAUCAUAAGGCUACUUCGAGCCAGUAUUACCCACCUCAUCUCUUCUGCAUUGGCCAAAAGGCUAUGGUCUUCUACUGCAUUUUUCUACAGGAUAUCAGACAACCAAAUAUACCUUACUCUGGCAGGCUUAGCUUUUAAUUUAUCGAUCAUUUCAUUCCAGGACAACACACAAUUUAACACCACAAAGAACGCCUCAAAGAAGAAUAGAAAUGGCAAGAAGAAUGCACAUGCCACGGCAUUCGGCAACUCGCAAAUGAAUGCUGCAUUGUUGGUUGCCUUCAAUGCUCUCUGGUGGAUGAUCUAUCCAUUGUUUGGAAACCCCAUCUUGCCACAUCCACUCUCAAAAACCUACGUCCAUCCAACAUAUCCCCUUAAUAUAUUAUCUGCCGAACAGUCUGUCACCGGACUUAUUACAGUGGGCCAGUGGCUACCUCCGCCUGAUUACAAGGGCGAAAACGACCAACAACUGCACUCAGCUCGAUACAUUCGCGCUGAUCACUCCAUUUUGGGAGGAGUAUGGACCCAUGAUAAAGUUCAAGUCCUGGAUGAUGAACCACCGCUUACGGAUUCGUUUGGUGUCCCUUUAGGCGACUCUAUUUACAGUACAUUUGUGUUACAAGAAGCGGUUCGCCUUGUGAAUAGUACAGCCACGGCAGGGAAAUGGAAUAAUGCACUUAUUAUUGGGUUAGGUGCAGGAAUUUCUGGGACUGCAUUCAUGCGCCAUGGUAUCUCAACCACAAUUGUGGAAAUCGACCCUGCAGUAUACAAAGCUGCUCGAACAUAUUUUGGCCUUCCUGAUCCUGGGACAGGGAAAGUCUUCCUCGAAGAUGCGAGGAAGUGGACAGCCAAGAAAAGAGCCAGCAUAGAAUCAGGCAAUAAAGAAACGCUCUAUGACAUUGUCGUCCAUGACUGUUUUUCAGGUGGUGGCGUUCCUGAGCACAUCUUUACAUUCCAAUUCUGGAAUGACCUGAAGACCGUGAUGCAACCUGAAGGAGUAUUGGUGGUUAAUUUUGCAGGAAGUGUUGGGUCAAUGUCAUCUCGUUUAGUCAUAAACACUCUUGAAAGAAACUUUGGACAAUCAUGUCGGGCAUUUCACGAUUUGUUCGAAGACCUGACGCCAGAAAAAUACGACACCGAAUUUAUUAAUGUGGUGAUAUUCUGCACUCGCAGUCCAUCUCCUCUAACGUUCAGGAAAACAAGGAGAUCUGAUUGGUUAGGAUCACCCCUGCGUCGCCAUAUCUUGCAAUCAUUAGAAAACAGGGAGGUUAACCUCACUUCAAUUCGAAGUCCCCCUGGUGAUAUGAGAUAUAUAUUGACUGACCAUCAAAACCCCUUGGGAGCGUUGCAAAAAAAGCAAGCGAAUCAUCAUUGGAAGGUGAUGCGCGAUGUCUUGCCUAAUGUUCACUGGGAGACCUAUUAG